CGGAGAGACGCGUCCCUCCCUCCGCCCCUCUGAUCCUCUUAUCAGCGAGUAAGCGGCCAAGAUGGAUGUUGUAAACCAGCUGGUGGCCCAAGGGCAGUUCACUAUACUCAAACAACCGCUGGGAUUUAUCAAAGUUCUACAAUGGAUCUUUGCGAUCUUCGCCUUCUCGACAUGCGGCAGCUACUCCGGCAUGUUCAAGAUGAGCGUGGAGUGUAAAAACCGGUCGGAGAGCGACCUCGGGAUAGAAGUAGAAUUUGAAUAUCCGUUCAGGCUCCACCAGGUGUACUUCGACGCCCCCACCUGCAAGGGAGAGAACCCCGAGCGCCUCUUCCUGGUCGGGGACUACUCUUCCUCUGCCGAGUUCUUCGUCACCAUCGGUGUCUUCUCCUUCCUCUACGCCAUGGCCUCCCUCUCUGUGUACUGCUUCCUCCUGGAGAAGUACCGCGAAAACUGCAAGGGGCCCCAGAUCGACUUCGUGGUGUCGGCAGUGUUUGCCUUCAUGUGGCUGGUCUCCUCAUGUGCUUGGGCUAAAGGUUUAUCGGACGUGAAAACAGCCACGGAUCCGGAGCGGGUCGUCACGCUCAUCGCCGCCUGCGAGGAACCGGAGAACCGCUGCCGUGAAGUCAACGACCCCAAAGUGUCCGGCCUCAACACCUCUGUGGCUUUCGGCUUCAUCAACCUGAUCCUGUGGAUAGGAAACCUGUGGUUCGUGUUCAAGGAGACCGGCUGGAUGGCCGCUUUCGGCGGAACAUACGUCCCGUCUCAGGAGAAGCAGCCCGCCCCUGACUCCUUCGCCCAGGAAGGCUACGCCCAGCAGGACCCCUACGCCGGCUCCCAGGGAGGGUACCAGCCCGAGUACGGCCAGCAGGGGUAUAACGAGGAGGGGGGGUACAGCCAGGGCUAUGAGCAGCAGCCCACCUCCUUCUCCAAUCAGAUGUGAGACCGUCCCACCAAACCUCAGCUGCAGGAUGGGUGACCUUGUGUUUCUGGAGUGGCUCUGGACCCCCGCCUGCGUUUCCACACUCCUUUGUGUGUCUGUUUGUGUAUCUGUGAGUGACAGGCGGAGGGAGGGGGGCACCACGGGAG